CGCGCCUCUGCCGCCGGAGCCGGGGCGGGCGCUCCCCGCUGGCAUCCGGCGGCGGGCGGAAGCGGCGGCCGAGCGGUGCCAUGGAGCAGUGAGGGACGGAGCGGCUCGCCGACAGACCGCCAUGGAGACGGUGCAGCUGCGGAACCCGCGCCGGCAGCUGAAGAAGUUAGAUGAAGACAGUUUAACCAAACAGCCUGAAGAAGUAUUUGAUGUCCUGGAGAAGCUUGGAGAAGGUUCCUAUGGCAGUGUAUUCAAAGCCAUCCAUAAAGAAACGGGUCAAGUUGUUGCAAUUAAACAAGUUCCUGUGGAAUCUGACCUGCAAGAAAUCAUCAAGGAAAUCUCCAUAAUGCAACAAUGUGACAGUCCUCAUGUGGUGAAAUACUACGGCAGCUAUUUCAAGAACACAGACCUGUGGAUAGUCAUGGAGUACUGUGGUGCUGGAUCUGUGUCUGACAUUAUUCGGUUACGAAAUAAAACUCUCACAGAGGAGGAAAUUGCCACAAUAGUGCAAUCAACACUGAAAGGACUCGAGUACCUGCAUUUUAUGAGGAAAAUACACAGGGACAUCAAAGCUGGAAAUAUAUUGCUAAAUACAGAGGGACAUGCUAAACUUGCUGAUUUUGGAGUGGCAGGACAACUUACAGACACCAUGGCAAAGAGGAACACAGUCAUAGGGACCCCAUUUUGGAUGGCUCCAGAAGUGAUUCAGGAAAUUGGGUAUAAUUGUGUGGCAGACAUCUGGUCCCUGGGAAUCACUGCAAUAGAAAUGGCUGAAGGAAAGCCACCAUAUGCAGAUAUUCAUCCCAUGAGGGCCAUUUUCAUGAUUCCUACCAAUCCUCCUCCAACGUUCCGGAAGCCGGAGCUGUGGUCGGACAAUUUCACAGACUUUGUGAAGCAGUGUCUUGUGAAGAGCCCGGAGCAGAGAGCCACUGCAACACAGCUGCUGCAGCAUCCAUUUGUUAAAAGUGCCAAAGGAGUAUCAAUUCUGAGGGACCUGAUUAAUGAAGCAAUGGACAUCAAGCUGAAACGCCAAGAGGCACAGCAGCGGGAGCUGGAUCAGGAGGAUGAAGAAAAUUCAGAGGAAGAUGAGACGGAUUCAGGCACCAUGGUGAGGGCGAGUGGAGAUGAAACUGGCACAAUCAGAGCUGUGAACACCAUGAGUGAUGGAGCCAACACCAUGAUAGAGCACGAUGGCACCCUGGAGUCCCAGCUGGGCACAAUGGUCAUCAACACCGAGGAGGAGGAGGAGGAGGGCACCAUGAAAAGGAGGGAUGAAACAAUGCAGCCAGCCAGACCAUCAUUCCUUGAAUACUUUGAACAGAAGGAGAAGGAGAAUCAAAUCAAUAGCUUUGGGAAGAAUGUUUCUGGCCAGACAAAAAAUUCAUCUGAUUGGAAAGUACCACAGGAUGGAGACUACGAAUUUCUGAAGACUUGGAGCGUGGAUGAGCUGCAGAAGAGGCUCUCUGCCCUGGACCCCAUGAUGGAGCAGGAGAUCGAGGAGAUUCGCCAGAAGUACCAGUCCAAGCGCCAGCCCAUCCUCGACGCCAUUGAGGCCAAGAAGCGGCGGCAGCAGAACUUCUGAGCCACGGGGGGAACCUUCCCCCACCCUCCAACAAUCAGCCCCUUGCUUUUAUGACUACUGAACAGAUUGAUUUCUAUUGAAAUAUGCUAGCAAAAUAGAGGGCAAUACUUCUGCUCGUUUAUUUUUCCAUAGCACCUUUUGUGAACUCAGGAAUGCCGUCACGUGGAAAAUCCUGAUUGUAUGUUUUAAUGUUAGACAUGUAUUUAAAACGUAAUUCCAAAAGAGUUCUGUUACUGUUUUUAGAAGGGUUGUUUUUAAACCACAGGAACCAGAUAGAAAUUGGCUAAUGGAAGUUGGCUCACUCUCUUUUCAACUGAACUUUCAGGAGUCUAUUUUGGUUUAAGUUAAUACAGAUGGUUGUCUGU